CGGAGUGGGCGUAGUAAAAAAUGGAGAGAGAUGCUGAAGUUGCCACCUGUUAGUCAUUGUGAAGGUAUUAGAUGCUCAAUCGAAAGAGACUAUAACCAGCUUUGUGACAAACAGCCGAUAGGAAGACUUCUCUUCAGACAGUUCUGUGAUUCCAGACCAGAUUUGAAAAGAUGCAUUGAAUUUCUGGACGCAGUGGCAGAUUAUGAGGUAUCUUCAGAUGAAAAGCGUAUAGACUGUGGCCUGAAAGUUUUAGAGACGUACUUCACUAAUGGGUCUGCAGCACACUUGCCAGAAAUACCUCAGGAAACAGUAAAUGAAUGUAAAGCAAGACUGGAAAAGAACCCUUCUAAGGAUCUUUUUAUGGACUGUACUAGAAUUGUCCAUGAAUACCUAAGCAGAAGACCUUUUGAAGCAUACCAAGACAGUGUGUAUUUUUCCCGUUUUUUACAGUGGAAAUGGCUGGAAAAGCAACCAGUAACCAAACACACAUUUAGGCAUUACCGAGUACUAGGCAAAGGCGGAUUUGGAGAGGUAUGUGCGUGUCAAGUACGAGCAACAGGAAAAAUGUAUGCUUGUAAAAAGCUAGAAAAAAAGAGGAUAAAGAAGAGGAAAGGAGAAUCAAUGGCUCUAAAUGAAAAAAGAAUUCUAGAAAAAGUGAAUAGUAGGUUUGUAGUUAGUUUAUCCUAUACAUAUGAGACGAAAGAUGCCCUGUGUUUAGUAUUAACCAUAAUGAAUGGAGGAGAUUUGAAGUUUCACAUAUAUAACAUGGGAAAUCCUGGCUUUGAUGAAGAAAGGGCUAUUUUCUAUGCUGCAGAACUGUGCUGUGGUCUGGAGGAUUUGCAGAAGGAGAGAAUUGUUUACAGAGACUUGAAGCCUGAGAAUAUCCUCCUUGAUGACUGUGGACAUAUUAGAAUUUCAGAUCUUGGAUUAGCUGUGCAGAUUCCAGAAGGAGAAAUGGUUCGAGGACGGGUUGGGACUGUUGGUUACAUGGCUCCAGAAGUGCUCAAAAAUGAAAAGUAUACAUUCAGCCCGGAUUGGUGGGGUCUUGGGUGCUUGAUUUAUGAAAUGAUUGAAGGACAGUCUCCAUUCAGGAAGCAUAAGGAAAGGGUCAAACGGGAUGAGAUUGACCGGAGAGUAAAGGAAGACCAGGAAACAUACUCAGACAAGUUCUCAGAGGAGGCAAAAUCCAUCUGCAGGAUGUUACUUGCUAAAAAUCCAGGGGAACGACUGGGUUGCACUGAAGAUGGAGCUGCUAUUGUAAAGCAACAUCCUAUUUUCAAGAAUAUUAACUUCAAGAGGCUGGAAGCUAACAUGUUAGAACCUCCGUUCUUGCCAGAUCCACGUGCCGUAUAUUGUAAAGAUGUCCUGGACAUAGAGCAGUUCUCAACAGUAAAAGGAGUGAACCUGGAUACUACAGAUGACGACUUCUAUUCCAAAUUUGUUACGGGUUGUGUCUCAAUUCCUUGGCAAAAUGAGAUGAUCGAAACGGGAUGCUUCGAAGAUAUCAACGCAUAUGAAACUGAUGGUACUGUGUCACCAGAGAGAGAGAGGUCUCCUAAACCAAAGAGAGGCUUCUUUCACAGACUUUUUAGUGGAGAGGUCUGCUUUAAAUCUGAUUGCAGUGAUGAUGAGCAGGAGUCCUCCAGGCUUUAAAUCAUUUUACUCUCAUCAGAAAGGAUGAGCAAACUUUAAAUGUUUUAUAUCUCUGUAGCAAAGUGUAUUAUAUAUAUUUUUUAUCUGAGUUCAAGGAUUUUUGUACAUUUGUACUUGAUUUGUUUUAAGAUGUAUAUUUUCACUAAAGCUUAAUUGUACAAAAA